AUGAAGAAGCAAUGAGGAGUCUGGAGCCACGUUCAACCUCUUCUUGUGCAGCUUGCAAGCUCUUGAAAAGGAGAUGCAGUCCUAACUGUAUUUUUGCACCCUAUUUUCGAUCUGAUGAACGGAAGAAAUUUGCCAAAGUCCACAAAGUUUUUGGUGCCAGCAAUGUAAGCAAGAUCCUGAUUGAAGUGCCCGAAGAGCAGCGGGAAGACACCGUGUAUUCCUUAGCGUACGAGGCUGAAGCAAGGCUUAGGGACCCUGUCUAUGGUUGCAUUGGUGCCAUAGCUUUGUUGCAGAGGAAGAUGAUUGAGCUUCAACAUGAUUUGGCCCUUGCUAGAGCACGCUUGGCUCGGUAUGCUGCAACUUCUUCUGCGAUCAACACUGAUUGCAUUAGCAUGGGGCCUUUCGCUGAUUUCCCAGCUGUUUGUGGCGGAUUCAUUGACAGUUUUAGCCAGAAUAUUUCAUCUGAAGUGAUUCAAGAUGCACAUAUGUAUGAUUUUAGCCAAAUUCCAUAUAUAUAAAGGUCUCUCUCCCUCUAUUUUUCUCCCUUUGUUGAGUAGUAGUAGCUGAAAAAACUUGGGAUCUUGGCCUUGAAUCUAUGUUCAAGAUCAUGAUCAAGUUUGAAUUAUAUG